UUUUGCAAAGUUUCGAUUUUAUUGUCGAUUCUUGGCCAUUAUCAUUAUCGCCUUAAAAUUAUAUAAUAAUUAAAAUAAUUAAUAUUUCAACAAUAAUGGCCAGCAGUAGUAGUAGUAGUAGUGGUAAUGAAUUUAAUUCAUUCUAUUCCGAAGUGAAAACGAUUGAAAAACAAGAUUCAAUCUAUACAUCAGAACAACAAAUUCAACGGCUUUUACGACCCGGAUCAACGUAUGCAAAUCUAAAUCCAUUCGAAGUAUUACUCGUCGAUCCAGAUGCAUCGAUUGAACGAAUCAAGAAACAGUAUAAAAAAUUAUCUAUUCUUCUUCAUCCUGAUAAAAAUCCAAAUGAUCAAGAACGAGCACAACGUGCAUUUGAUGCAUUAACCAAAGCAUAUAAAGUACUUGAAGAUGAAAAAAGUCGUACAAAAGCAUUGGAAAUUGUUGAAGAAGCAAAAUAUAAAUUAAAUAAAGAAAUUCAAGAAAAACGAAAACGUUUGAAACAACUGAAUCCUUCGCGAAAAGAUCCUCGUGUUGAUGAAGAUGAUCCAGAAAAAUAUAAACAAUCAUUACGUGUUGUGAUAAUGAAAUUAUUUGCCGAACAAGAACGUAAACGACGAAUGAUGCAAGAUAAAGUACAAGAGGAGAAAAAACGACAACGUGAAGAAGAAAUUGAACAACAACAGCAAAAAGAAGCCGAAAAAGAAUGGCAAAAAAAUUUUGAAGAAAGUCGCCAAAAUCGUGUAGAUAGUUGGCAUACGUUUAAUAAAAAAGCUAAAUUCAAACGUAAAGAUAUACGACCACCAAAACAUAAGGCCGAAGGACGAUAAUAUUUUGAAUCAUCAUCAUUGUUCUAUAGAUUUUGUUUGGUUUUUUUUUCAUCACUAUUUUGAUGUAUAGGAAAAAACGAUUUUUCAAUUUCAACCAUCAUCAUCGAAUCAUCGUCAUCAAAUUCAAUCAUCAUCAAUCAUAUAAAUUCAUAAACAAUUAAUGUUUAAUGGCUGUAAAAUAAAAUGAAAAAAAAAAAAAUUAUAAUUAUAAUUAUCAAA